AUGUCGCCAAUCCCUAUAACUAUCCUUACCGGCUUCCUCGGCUCAGGGAAAACGACUUUAAUUCUCAACCUUCUCCCACAACUACACGCCCUCAAUCCCUCCUACCGUCUCGCUCUUCUCAAAAAUGAGUUCGGAGAUCUAGCCGUCGAUUCCCAACUUGCUUCUUCAUCUUCUAUUACUUCUGUGCGGGAAAUGCUCAACGGAUGUAUAUGUUGUAAUCUCGUCGGUUCUCUAUCUUCGGCGCUUCAAGAACUGCAGGAAAGUUUACCAGUCAAAGUCAACGAAUCAAAUGGGGAGGAAGAGAAGGGGAGUUUGGAUAGAAUUAUAAUUGAGACAUCUGGGUCGGCUUUCCCUGCUACGUUAGCCAUGGAAGUCAAUAGAAUUGCGAGGGAGACAAAAGGGGCUUAUGUAUUGGAUGGUGUAAUUUCGGUGAUUGAUGUGGAGAAUUGGAAGGGGUAUGAAGACACGAGUUAUACGGCGAGAUUACAGGCGAAAUAUACAGAUUUGGUGGUUUUUAAUAAGUGGGAAGGAGUUAGUGAGAGAAGGUUUGAUGAAUGUUUGGAUAGGUUAGGGGAUUUGGAAGUUCAGGUCGCUUGGGUCAAGAGUGAUAAGGGAUCAGUGGGAGUAGAUGUUGUGUGCGGAGUUGACGGAGGACUGGCUAGAGGGCUGGUCGAUGAUGUUGAUGGAAAGGAGAAUGGUCAUAGUCAUGAUCAUAAGGAUAGGGAGCAUAAACACGAACACUCUCACGACCAUCAAUCCGAAGUCGAAGUCCUAUCCAUAACCCUCACAUCAUCUUCUCCAUCCUCAGCAAUAUCUCUCGCUUCCCUCAACAAACUCCUCACCAAAGCACCCAAAGAUGAAGUAUACCGCAUCAAGGCAGUUUUAUCCUCAGGUUCUCCUAUUCCACCUUCCGAUUCUUCUCUCUCGCUGCCCGAAUCCGACAUCUCUGUAUCCUCAUCCUCAUCAAAUUCUACUUCUGAUCUCACAUCAAAACCUGCAAAGUACAUACUCAACUGGGCUUUUGGUCGUUGGACAAGCACAAAAAUGGAAGAACAACAAUUGGAGAAGGAACAUGAGAGUAGCCAAGGAGAAGGCGUAGUACUGAGAAUGACGAUUGUGACGGCAAGAGAUGAGAGCAAUAAGUGGAAAAAGAGGAUUGAAGGAGGCGGUUGGGUGGAGGUUGAUGGUGGAGAGGGACAAUUGAAGGUUGUGAGAAUUUUGUGA